ACAUCGAGCUGCCGCUGCUGGCGGUGGCCACGCAAAGCUCGCGAUUUGCUUGGACUGGGCCGCGGAAUGGCAACAGGGGGACAGAUCGUAAUUCUGACAAUGACAGGGCUGCGUCCAACGAGGGUGGACUCAGCGGGGAGCAGAGUCAGAUGGGGUUGGAACCGAGGAGGAGCUGGCUGCAGGUGCCGGAGCGCUGGCGCGGUAUCGCGACGGCUUAUGGGUUGCCAUCAACACCCGCCGGAUGAUCAAGGCUCUGGUUGGCUGCGGACUCUUGACUUGGAUCGUGACCUGGACCAUGGCGUUUUCGAUCGGCUAUGCAGAUGGCGGGGCAGUGUUCGCGCUGUCCAUGCCGCCUGCCAUGCUGGUGGUGAGCUACUGCCUGAUCUGGGGCACGAUUGCUCGCGAGGCUGACUCGGACUCGCGAAUCGGAACAGCAAUGUGCGUCCUUGGCCCGCUGAUGGUGGCGAUCAUGGUCGGCGGCGCAUAUCUCACCUUCUGGAUUUCGACAUUUUUGGCGGUCUAUCGCGGCCCGUUGCCGCAGGCCAGAAGCGCCGAGAUGCAGGCCAUGCUCUCGCCGUCUGUGGUUUGGGCCGAUCUGGAGCCGUCGUCAUACGAGGUCCUGACCAAGUAUCGUGUCCGCGUUCGGUUCAAAUCGGGCAAGCAAAAGGGGAAGACUCAUUACGCUAUGGCGCCUUUGGUUCCUGCCUGUCCUCCUCCCGGGUGUAGCGGUGUGCGGACGGUGGCCUUGUGGGUCGUCGGCUGCCCGACAUCGAGUUGCCAGGCAAGAGUCCCGGCCAUCACCGGGAUGACCAACCACCUCAACCUCGGCCGGCGCGACAUCCACACCUUUGUUCCGACCUCCAACAGGUUUGGGCGUGGAAUCUCGGCUGCAACAGCAAAGUUUGACAACAUGACGGUGGCAGCAACCGACAUGGCCGUCUUUGAGCUCACCGAUCUCACUCGGGUCCGCAGGCAGCUAGCGCUGGUCGGCUUUCUUGUCCCAGGUAUUCUCCCCAUCCUUGCGUUUGGGUGCUGCUGGCGGAUCUGGAAGGCAGCGUCCGACCCGGAGCCAGAGUUCUAGCUGGCGGGGACGGCUCCGCGGCGAGCGAUGCGCAUGGCCUCGCGCUGUUCCUCGGGCGAGACGAUGCCGUUCUUGGACUCACCGUCGACGCCGAUGUAGGUGCUGGAGACCGGCUCGAGAGUGUCCCAGUUGAAUUGGAAGCCGCAGCCGCCUUUGCGCACGGCAUCGACGAUGGAACCGUGUGCAUUGUUGCCACAGAGGAUGACAUUGCAGCCCGAGACGCGCUCGAUGCUUGUGCCGCAGCACGGGCAGCGCUUGCCGGUCCGGCUCAGCGCGGUGAGCGUUGCUUCGUCGACAUCGGCGCCCUCAGCGCAGGCAUGGAGCUCGUCAGGCGCGACGAGUACGUGGCACUCGACGCAGACAAGGGCGCCGCAGCGGCAAAUGCCCGGGCGGAUGACACGGCGGCGGUCAGUGCCGUCGGUGCCGACCCGCAGCGAGUAUUCGGGCUCGCGGUGGAGGAGUACGUUGCCGCACUCGGCUGGGCAUGCAAAGAGCAGCGCCUCGCCAGCGGCACGGCGCUGCUCGCGGAUAACCCGCAGUCGAAUGUCGUCUGAUAUGACGGCCCGGCGAGCAAGAAAGGUCAGCGUCUUCUCCUCGAUGCGCCCGGUGACCGGCAGCUCGGCGCCGGCGUCGGCGCGGCAUUGCGGACAGUAGGCCGGAAACUGGCCAAGCUCGAGCAUCGAGUCAAGCGAGCGCUCGAUGCAGUCUUCGCAGUAAAAAUGAUCGCAU